AUGGAGUGCCCGUCAGACAGCCCCUCCAAAGGCUUUCAGCAGAAUGACCUCGAGUUGCUCCAUUCGGGCAUCCUUGCAGAUGGAACCAUCAAAUGCCAGGGUCGUACCUGGAAGGAAGCUACCUCUUGCGAGGUUGAGUUCCCAGAGGCUGAGCCCGAAGCAGUCGACUUCAUGAUUCGGCAUCUCUACCGCGAAGAGCUUGACGUCAGUGCCCUGAACACUCCUCUCCUCUGCCUUUCCUGCUGGAAACUGGCCGAUUAUCUACGGCUCGUCAGCCUGAAGUCAGUCGUAAGAUCGGCAAUCAACGACCACCUCAAUGCGAUGCUCCUACUUGCGUCCACCGAUGAAGACCUCGAGUACCUCACAGGCUGCGGGCGCAAGCCCAUAUGGUUGGGACACUUCAUGGACGCCUUUCGAGAAGUUUGUGCCCACGCCGUCUUCCGGCCUCUGCAGGCCGAGUUUGUCGCCUUUCUGUGGGUAACCCGAUUGGAGAUGCUCGACCUGCGCGAGAUCUGGGAUACCUUGGACGAGCACAAGGACGUGAGAGCCAAGCUGCUACAUCUCCUGAUCCGGCAGGAACGUGGAAUCGUCGACGGCACAUCGUCACGAUUGAUCCCUCGGGGCCGCCUCAUCGACGCCGCGAUCAGGAACAAGAGCAGGCCGGAGGCCGGGGGAUUUGAGGAUUCCAGAUGUUUCCGCUGCGAUGUGCGGUACAUGCUCACUGACGAUCCAUGGUUUUACAACCCCCUACCGAUGCAACACUACACCCAGUGUAACACAAUUGGUCGCACGCAGUGGUGCAAACAGUGCGCUGACUUUAUCAAUGCCUCUCGUACCCAGGGAUGGAGACUCGACAGACCCGAGGAGAAGUCGACCAUGAAGACAUUCAAAUUGAAAGCAUGGACUUGGUAUCACGAUGAUCUGGACCAGGCACAGUAGGGAAAGGUCCAUGGUCACCAGACAGGACUCGGGGGCUAUUUCAGAGGAGGCCGUCACAGGAGAAGCUAUCGCACGAGAAGAUGAUAGCUUGUAGGGAGUUGGGCUCGAGGGGCUGGUAGAGACCCGAGCAAG